UAGUAUUGGCUCAGCCAAGGCUGACGUCACCCACCCUCCAGCAGCAGCAGGACCAGAAGUGAUUGAAUGCACAAAACAGACGGGCAGCCUCUCAUCUCAUUGCCAUCCAAGCCACAGCAACUGCACAGCAAAGAACACAAGCUGCAUAGACAGACUGUCCACUUUCUAGCUGCAAUGUGAUGAACAGGCGUCAUAGGAUCUGAUGCUGCGUGCGAGGAUAAAGGCAGUGGUCCAUUCCCUUUGCCUUAUCUCCUGGGAAGGUGCUGCGCUGUCAUCACCGCUACACAAUCAGCUGCAGUAGCCACAUGUUGAGGGGACUCAGCCUCCUCCUUGAUCUUUUUUUUCUUCCCUACACUGAUGCUGUCUUUCUCUGCUGAUGGAUAAAGGUCAUCUCUUACUGGAACAGCUACUGCAGGUUGCCGCAUUAAUCAGGAUUUUUCCCCUGAACUUGGGAGAUGUAUGCAUGUGGAUUUGUGACCACUAGGAUUACAGCAGUAGGAUGGGAAUUGUCAGACCUUUAAAACAACCCAGCUGUUAAACAUCAUACUGUGGGUGUUUAAUUCAAAUACACAGGGAUACAAUCCAGAAAAUGAUGUACUCCUGGCUUGGUAUCAGUAUUCUGGGAUAUAGGUGGUAAAAUCAUGGCCAAAAUGCUCAAUGUACUCUUUUCUGAUUAUUAGUGCUGCCUCCUGCUGUCUGGGGCUAGAUCUUCAUGUUUUGUAAGGCCAGAGAACACAGCAUAGGGGCUCGUGUUUUGUUAAGUAUAUAUAUUUAGACAAAUAUUAAAUUGUUGCUGUUUAUUCACACCGCAUACAAGAUUUUACUGCAUUUUAACUGUUGGCAUAUUUAUUGUUAGUUUGAUUUGGUAUAGUUUGCCAUUUGGUCCUCUCAGGUAUACAAGUCAAAUUGUUCUUGUUCAGGCAACAUGACUCACUUGCAGGCUGGCCUGUCCCCUGAGACUCUAGAGAAAGCUCGGCUGGAGCUUAAUGAGAACCCUGAUACAUUGCACCAGGAUAUCCAGGAGGUAAGGGACAUGGUGAUCACGCGGCCGGAUAUUGGUUUCCUCAGGACAGAUGAUGCCUUCAUUUUGAGGUUUUUGAGGGCGAGGAAAUUUAACCACUUUGAAGCUUUCCGUUUGUUGGCACAAUACUUUGAGUACCGCCAACAAAACCUGGAUAUGUUCAAGAACUUCAAGGCCACUGAUCCGGGAAUAAAGCAAGGACUUAAGGAUGGCUUUCCAGGAGUACUCUCCAAUCUUGACCACUUUGGCAGGAAGAUCUUGGUAUUAUUUGCUGCCAACUGGGACCAGAGCAGAUACACACUUGUGGAUAUUCUGCGUGCGAUACUGCUAUCGCUAGAGGCUAUGAUAGAAGACCCAGAACUUCAAGUGAAUGGAUUUGUUUUAAUAAUAGACUGGAGCAACUUUACCUUCAAACAAGCAUCAAAGUUGACUCCAAGCAUGCUGAGACUAGCAAUAGAAGGUCUUCAGGAUAGUUUUCCAGCUCGAUUUGGAGGAAUCCAUUUUGUCAAUCAGCCAUGGUAUAUUCAUGCUUUAUACACAGUUAUUCGGCCCUUCCUAAAGGAAAAGACAAGGAAGAGGAUAUUUUUACAUGGUAAUAAUCUCAACAGUUUGCAUCAGCUGAUCCACCCAGAGAUCCUACCUUCUGAGUUUGGAGGAAUGUUGCCCCCAUAUGACAUGGGAACAUGGGCAAGAACACUUUUGGAUCACGAGUAUGAUGAUGAAACUGAUUAUAAUGUGGACUCAUAUACUAUGCCAACAAAAGUGGAAGUGGAAAAAGAUUUAUCUCCUAAAAACAUGAAGAGAUCUCAGUCGGUAGUGGAUCCAGGGGUGUUAAAACACAAUGACAAAAAUGAAGAUGACACCACACAGCAGCCUCUCCUGUCACUUGAUUAGCAGACUGCGCUGUUGCAAGACUCGCAAAGGAGAAGAAGAUUUUCUCUUAAUAACUAAACCCUCUACUGGAAUGUACCAACUGGAAAUGUAUCGCAUAUGUUAAUGUUGUAAAAUGUAUUCUUACAAAAGGGUUUCUCUUCUUUGCAAGUAAUAUGGGGGCCACCAGUUAAUGCGUUUACUCUGUAAGUGCCAACUCGUUGUUUGUAAAUAGAAUCCAAAGUAAUCUCUCUCAUUAGAGUUAUUGUUCUAAGUGCUCCGUUGAACACUUCUGUGAAAGAAAAUGGAUGAACACCACUGCGUAAUUUAAAUUGUGUAAUGUACAAAAAAAAAAAAUAAGAAUUACAAAACAAAAAAUAUAUUAUUAUAAUAGGAUUCAUUCUUUUAUAUAAAGCCAUAUAGCAGAUACCACACUGCUUUUUAUUCUGAAUAUUGAAAAAAGACAUUUCAGUAUGAAAUUGCUUUACUCUAAACAGGAAACAGAAGGGGUUUUUGUGCCUCCAGUAUGGAAGUAUCAGGUUAGACUACAAGGCAAUGCAUGUUGGUUUUAUUAAGGACAACAGAACAAAAAAUAUCUGUACUGUGCCAAAUGAAUUUGUAAUAGGGAUUUGUGACGCUAGUUUCUUUUUUAAACAGUAUUAUUAUUACAGCAAGCCAGAAAAAAAAAUAACCAGUGCCAUCAAGUAGAAAAUGUUUAGAUAGUGCUCUGAACUAUUUUGAGAUCUCUCGUUUGUCUAUCUGCACAGUUGAUCUUGUCAGGUUAGUGCUUCUCAGUAACAGAAUUAUUGUAUGUUCAUGAUAGUCAUAUUUUCUUCUGUAUUGUACAUUGAUUACUACGGGUUAUUGUGUGAUCACAGAAAGCAAGCAAAAAUCAUGAUUUAAAUUUAGCACAUCCAGUUCAACUAUUACUGUGGAUCAAGCUACGUCUUUGUGUUUCCAUUAGUGUUUCCAUCCACUUUUCUACACUGUUAUUCACAAAUUUGUAAUUAAAUAUUACAACACAGAGUG